GCAAGUUUUACCCACAAUAAUAUUAAUAUUUUCAGGAUAUAAAAGCAUUGCAGCCCUGUCCACCUCAGUAGUUCAGAGUUCCCUUUGCAAAGCUUGUAUCACUUCGUAUAAAUCAUGCGUUCAUCCUUCCUCGUCGUCGUCACUGCUUUGGCAGCAUGUAUGUCUGUCACUGCAUGCAGUCCCAUAUUCGUGGACUGCAUAACGGCCAAAGAUUGCUGCAGUGGCCUUAGCUGUAAUUUGAAGUCGCGUACCAGCGGUACCAAAUACUGCAGUUAUUAGACUGCUUAUCGAUGGGAUGGCAGCCUGUCCAUGGGCAUAUCUGGACACGACGUGAGGAGUAAUUUCAAUGUCCAGAUUUGUGCCGCGUCGUUCAGAGCCAGAGUGUCCAUUGCCGACGUCUGCAUUACGUACAUAGCGGAUGUAGCAGAGUUUUUACCACUGCUAAUGAGCGCGUCAAAAGACAUUUUCAAUGCCCAUUCAAUAUCGUCUCUCGGAUUCACCACCACCAACAUCAUCAUUGGCGCAGUAGAUGUGAUUGUCGCCCCUUUUCAUCACUCGAUGCACUGGGUGAAUCAAUUGAUUCCCGGUUCAAUAGUAAGGCGAGAACCGUGGGUCCUCCGAGUGGAUGGCCAAUAUUACCUCACACGAAUUGAGCAGGUCAUGGACAGCAUGGUUGAUGCCCAAGCAGAUGCACUUUUAGAAAACAGGAGCCUCAGGAGGUGUAUCAUGGCAUACUUAAAUGCAUAUGUUGCUAAUAGUUUGUCGUCCCUCUGCUCGCCUUUGGAUGGGGGUUAG